AUGGCUCACAUUUUAACAGUGCUGUCUAGUAAAUUUGUUACCAACAACGGGAUCCGGAAUAUCAAAACGGCCCCGUACCAUCCGGCAUCGAAUGGCUUAGCAGAACGGGCUGUGCAGGCGGUGAAACAAGGUCUACUAAAGCGGCGAGUGAGAAAUUUAUACACUUUGCCUACCGUUCCACAGCCACUGAGACCACCGGAAGCCGAAACUAGCUACAACUUCUGGACGGCCGGAUCGUCCACCGACAAUCGAACAACGUACGCCCCCUGGGGUACAGACACACCGGCCAAAGAGGAACCUGAGUCCCGUUCUAGCACAGAGCAAGCAGCGGAGGACGUGAAAACCGAAACAACAUUGAGCCCAUACUUAGCUGGCCCAGCCGAAUUCGCAAACUGGUCGAAUGUCUCCAACCAGGAAGUUGACUUCAGCCACGAGGAUGGAUAA